ACCUCGUCUGCACCGAGAGCUGUCGCCGAAGCACCCAGGGCGGGCGCCGCCAAGUCAAGAGCGAGGAGAGCCGAUGUGGCUGCAGAUCCGGGAGAUGGAGGCAGCCGGUCUCCCACGAGUCCCCGCGCUGCCCGUUCAGGGGCUGCGGGAGCCGGACGCGCCGAGUCCGUCCACUUUGAGGGCGGCGGGACGCCCCUGGCUCCUGCCGCCCUCCGCGGGGCGCACGGGAUCGACCGUGGGGACGGCCGCCAGGGUCCGCACCGCCGCCGUCUGGGUCCCACCUCUCCAGGAGCAAGACAGUUCGUGCAGUAGGAUCAGAAAACUCCAAGGUCAGGAAUCCAUCCUGGGUCAGGGGACCGCUGACCAGAGGCCUCCCCCAGGAGGACCCUGGCAGAGGCACAAGAGUCACAGGACAGAGCAGGUUCUAGAGUGGCUGUUCAUUUCCCAGGAGCAGCCGAAAACCACCAAGUCCCGGGGACCAUUGUCAUUCAUGGAUGUGUUUGUGGACUUUACCUGGGAAGAGUGGCAGCUGCUGGACCCAGCUCAGAAGCACCUGUACAGGAGUGUGAUGUUGGAGAACUAUAGCAACCUGGUGUCCCUGGGGUAUCAGCACACCAAACCUGCUGUCGUCCUCAGGUUGGAACAAGGUGAAGAGCUGUGGAUGAUGCAGGCCCAAAUCCCAGGUCAGGGCCACCCAGACAAAGUCUGGGAAAUUGAUCAUCAUAUGGAAGAGCAUGAAGAAAAUGAAGGCAAGCUGGGAAGGAUGUCAGAAGGCUAUGAAUGCACUGCAUUUGGAAAACUAUGUCUUGUUAGUUCAAAUUAUGUUUCUUCAAGACAAAAGCUUCAUAAAUGUGGUACACGUGGAAAGAGUGUGAAAUACAAUAUAGAUUUCGAUACUAAUUAUGCUGAAAAGAAUCCUAAUGAGUUUCAUCCACAUAGGGAAUCAUUCCUUCAUGCUAAACAUGAGCAAACUGUUAUUGGAAUAAAAUACUGUGAAAGUAAUGAAUCUGGGAAAAUUGUCAAUAAGAAGUCACAACUCAUAUGCCAACAAAUGUAUAUGGCAGGAAAACCCUUUGAAUGCAGUUACUGUGGGAAGGCCUUCAGCAGCAAGUCAUACCUUGUGAUGCAUCUGCAAACUCAUGCAGAAGAGAAACCCUACAAAUGUCAUGGAUGUGGGAAAGACUUCAGCAGCAAAUCCUACCUCAUUGUACAUCAGAGAAUUCAUACAGGAGAGAAACUACAUGAAUGCAGUGAAUGUGGGAAAACUUUCAGUUUCAAUUCACAACUUGUUAUACAUCAGAGAAUUCACACAGGGGAGAAUCCCUAUGAAUGUUGUGAAUGUGGAAAAGUCUUCAGUAGGAAAGACCAGCUUGUUUCACACCAGAGAACUCAUUCAGGACAGAAACCGUAUGGGUGUAAUGAAUGUGGGAAAGCUUUUGGUUUGAAAUCACAGCUCAUUAUACAUCAAAGAAUUCAUACAGGAGAGAAACCCUAUGAAUGCAGUGAAUGUCAGAAAGCCUUUAAUACAAAGUCAAACCUUAUGGUACAUCAGAGAACCCAUACAGGGGAGAAACCAUAUGGCUGUAGUGAAUGUGGUAAAUCCUUUACUUUCAAGUCACAGCUCAUUGUACAUCAGGGGCUUCACACAGGAAUAAAGCCUUAUGGGUGCAUUCAAUGUGGGAAAGCCUUCAGUCUGAAGUCACAGCUUAUUGUACAUCAGAGAAGUCACACAGGAAUGAAACCUUAUGUAUGCAAUGAAUGUGGCAAAGCCUUCAGGAGCAAGUCAUACCUCAUGAUCCAUAUGAGGACUCAUACAGGAGAGAAACUCCAUGAAUGCAACGAAUGUGGGAAAGCCUUCAGUUUUAAUUCACAACUCAUUAUACAUCAGAGGAUUCACACAGGAGAGAGCCCAUAUGAAUGCCAUGAAUGUGGGAAAGCCUUCAGUCGGAAAUAUCAGCUCAUUUCACACCAGAGAACUCAUGCAGGGGAGAAACCCUAUGGAUGCCUUGACUGUGGAAAAACUUUUGGUUUGAAGUCACAGCUUAUUAUACAUCAUAGAACUCAUACAGGAGAGAAACCCUUUGAAUGCAGUGAAUGUAGCAAAGCUUUCAAUACAAAGUCAAACCUUAUGGUACAUCAGAGAACCCAUACAGGGGAAAAACCUUAUGGGUGUAGUGAAUGUGGGAAAGCCUUUACCUUCAAGUCACAGCUCAUUGUACAUCAAGGAGCACACACUGGUGUAAAACCCUAUGGAUGUAAUCAGUGUGGAAAAGCUUUUAGUUUGAAGUCACAGCUCAUUGUACAUCAGAGAAGCCACACAGGGGUGAAACCCUAUGCAUGCAGUGAAUGUGGGAAAGCUUUCAGGAGUAAGUCGUACCUCAUUAUACAUAUGAGAACUCAUACAGGAGAGCAGCCACAUGAAUGCAAUGAAUGUGGGAAAUCCUUCAGUUUCAAUUCACAACUCAUUGUACAUCAGAGAAUUCACACAGGAGAAAAUCCCUAUGACUGCAGUGAAUGUGGGAAAGCCUUUAAUAGGAAAGAUCAGCUCAUUUCACAUGAGAGAACUCAUGCAGGCGAAAAACCUUAUGGCUGCAGUGAAUGUGGGAAAGCCUUUAGUAGCAAGUCAUACCUCAUUAUACACAUGAGAACUCAUUCAGGAGAGAAACCAUAUGAAUGCAACAAAUGUGGGAAAACCUUCAUUUGGAAGUCACUACUCAUUGUACAUGAGCGAACUCAUGCAGGGGAAAACCCUUAUAAAUGUAGUCAAUGUGAGAAGUCCUUCAGUGGAAAAUUAAGGCUCAUUGUACAUCAGAGAAUGCACACAAGAGAGAAACCCUAUGAAUGCAGUGAAUGUGAAAAAGCCUUCAUUAGGAAAUCUCAGCUCAUUGUACAUCAGAGAACUCAUUCAGGGGAGAAACCCUAUGGGUGUAAUGAAUGUGGAAAAAGCUUCUCUCAGAAAUCAAUUCUCAGUGCACAUCAGAGGACUCACACAGGAGAGAAACCCUGUAAAUGCACUGAAUGUGGAAAAGCCUUUUGUUGGAAGUCUCAGCUCAUUAUGCACCAGAGAACUCAUGCAGAUGAGAAACAUAUUGAUGAAUUAAAUGUAAGAAACUUUCUCUCCGAAGUCCGUUCACAGGAAAUACCAGCUAAUUCACAUAGAAGAGAAGCUCUAUAAACGCAAUCAUCUCUUACACCAGAAACCUCAUACUUAAAGGAGCCAGCCUUGCGUGUGUGCAGCGUGUGGAAGAGCACCUACAGGAAGCCAUGCUUUACAUGUUGAAAUAGUGUUAGCGCACACAGGAGCCCUGUGAAUUCAUGAGCCCUAUGAGAGUUGUCAGCAGCAUGUCGUACCUUUACUAAGUCUACACAGGUGAGGAACCAUACGAAUGAAGUGAAUGUUAGAGAGUCAUUUUCUUAAAUAUGAUAAAAGUCACAAAGGAAAUUGCAUAAAGCUGAUGAAUAUAGAACAUGUUCCUUUGAAUUUCAUAGUUGAUUAAACAGGAUUCUAAUGACAGAAAAUAUAAAACCAGUGAAUGGCAGAAUCAUCAGAAUUACAAACACUUGACGUAUCAGAAGUUCAUACCUUGGAGAAAGUAUGCUAUAAGGGAAAUUCUUCAUCUAGAAGUGACAAAGUUCGAGAAAAAAAAUUAAUAUAUGAAUGAAGAUCUUCAAAUGUGUCAAAUGGGGUAAAGCCUCAGUAGGAAGGUUCCCUUUGUUAUAAUUUUGAUCAGUUUGGAAAAAUAAUGUCCUUUACAAAUUGUUUUAAGGGAAAUUAUGUUCCAGAUUUUCCAAACGUUUAGGAAAAUAUUGGAGAAAAUAUUCAACUAUAAAUGAUAGGUGUGUUCCUAAUAGAAUAUAAAGGGUUUUUUAGUGUGUAAGUGUAAUAGUCAUGCGUCGCUUAAUGACAGGGAUAUGUUCUGAGAAAUGCGUUAGGCGACGUCGUGUGAACAUGAGACAGAGUAAUCACACACACCUAGGUGGUACAGCCUACUGUACACCUAGGCUUUAUGGUACUAAUCUUCUGGGCCCACUGUCAUAUGUGGUUUAUCAUUGACCGAAACAUUAUGUGGUGCAUGAUGGUAAUCAGGAUAACAAUAAAUACAUCAUGAGACCUUCAGGGAUGUUUAGAUGAUACCUUCCUCUCUGUACUGAUGAGUUUUGUAUAGUUUGGCAUUUUACUUGUGAAUGCCACACGUGAUAGAUAAAUUAGAUAGAUACAAUACCGUUUCCCAGGGAUUUCUACUCUGCAUAGCAACAUUCCUCUUAACGAAUACAACUUAUUACUAGAAUAAUAUGACGUUAAAAACAAAUUUCACUACUACAAACCUUUUCUAUUAUUUUGUACCCUUUGUAAGUAGGCCUGGCAGGUACCUCUUUAGCUAUAUACAUCAAUACAGUGCACAUUUCAUCUGACCUCACUGGUCAGAACAUCCUGAGUUCCUUUAAGAGAAAUAAUCUUUCACCAUGUAUGCAGUCAAGUAGACUGAGAUACUACAGACUUUAAUUUCUUUUUUUUUUUGUGAGGAAGAUUAGCUCUGAGCUAACAUCUGUUGCCAAUCCUCCCCUUUUUGCUGAGGAAGACUGGCCCUAGCCUAACAUCCGUUCCCAUCUUCCUCCCCUUUUUUCAUGAUACGGGAUGCUGCCACAGCAUGGCUUGACAAGCGGUGCAUCAGUCCAUGCCUGGGAUCUGAACCAGCUAACCCUGGACUGCUGAAGCAGAGUGCAAACUUAACUGCUACGCCACCAGGCUGGCCUCCAGACUUUAAAUUUUCAGCGGACUCUUUAAGUACUGAAAAGCAAAGUGAGCCUUUGUUCUCUGCUAGCAUCUUGCUGCAAUUAUUAAUUAGUUCCUUCUAUUUCGAUUAUCCAGAAUAGCCUUAGUUAUUGUCAUUUUUAAAUUCUAGUUCACCUGUCUUUUAAUUUGAGUUGUAUGUUAUCCGUUUAAUACAUUUAGGUGACACUGCUGAACUGUGUAUGUGCAGCUGUAGUCAGGGUGGUGAAAAAUUAUUCUGCCAAUUGCUUACUUACAAUGUCAAUUUUCUUCACAACCUCACCAAUUUCCUUGCCUGAAUGAGCAUUAAUCUGAAAGGACUUGAGACUCUGGCAAUUAGAUUGGGCUAUCUUGGAGGUAUAUGAGGAUUUGAAACUGCAAAUAUUUCUGAAACACCCUCCACUUUGUACUCUUUACUUCAGGAGGGAAUCCCGUUUCUUACCCAAAGAAACUUUUUUCCUUGAAGGAGAUAUUUAAUGAUUUCUGAGUGCUUAAUGCUUAUUAUGUUCAGCUCAUUAUACAGGAUCCACUCUCAAGAUAUCUGGGGUGAAGAAUGAUGAUUCACAGAAGGGAAGAGAAGGCUUGCAUAAAGAAAGAAUUUCAGAUAUUUGCUAAAAUGUAUCCCUUAAAUCUGGAAAAUAUGAGUAUUUCGCUAUUGAUGUUCCAAGGAAGAUACACACGUAAUAAAGAAUAAACACAUGAGAGAAAGUCUAUAUUCAGUUUACUACUGCCCAGGGUCAAUUAGGUUUUAAAGGUUGCUGUACUGUGUGAUGCAAAUCCACAUGCAGCCUUGCCCAGUAGAAAUGCUGACGUCAUGUUGAUGUAAUGUUGAGGAUAGAAAUCAAAUACUGCGGGAAAGGACAAUGGUGGAUUAGGUCUUAAUCUUAAAUGAAAUGGAAAAUUUACCUGAUAAAUGAAACUUAACAAAUGAAUAGAUCUACAGCCAGUAAACUAAAUAGAAAAUUUAAAAACAAUCUCUGGGUUGAACAUCUACCUAGUCCCUCUAGCCCUGCCCCAGCCCUCUAAAAGAAAGAGGUCCAGAGACUUUUCAGUAAUAGUUGAUAAUUUUCAGGAACGUCCAAGAAAAGAUAAUUCCUAUAUUUUACAAGACUUCCCAGAAAAUAUACAUUUUGGGGGAAAAUGACUUGCAAAUCAUAUUUAGGAACAUAGAUUAAAAAGUCCUAAAUGGAAUUACAGCAAAAUGCAUCUAAUGUAGAGUCCUUUUUUUAAAGUCAUGACAUUAUUAAGUGUAGUAGUGGUGAACCCAGUAUCCCUUCAUUACCAACAGAAUCACUGUAUUUUAAUGGCUAUGUGCCCAGCUAAAAAGCUACAUUUCUCCAUUUUCUUUGUAGCUAAGUGUGAUCAUGCUACUAAGUUCUGAGUAAUGAAAUGGAAAUAGAAGUUGCUGAGACAGUCUAAUGGGAAGGUUCUUCGAAAAGAGAACAAAGAACUAGGAAAGCCCCCUCGUGUCCUUUAAUCUUACCUCUUUUUAAUAUGCAGCACAUGUGAUGGUUGGAGAUUCAGCAGCCAUCUUAGAACUUGAGUUCAUCCUGAGAGGAAGCCAUCUGCUGGGGUGUAGUGGAGACAUAAGAGUGACUCGAUGGAGCUACUGUAUCAGCCAUGGACCACCGGCACCUGGGUGUCUCUACAUAAGAGAAGUGAACUGUCUUGUUAAAGACACCGUUUCUUUUUUGGGUGGAAGGAGAGUUGGUUCUGUAAUAUGCAGCUGAAUCUGAUCCUAAUUGAAACACAUUAGGAUGUUUGGAAGAUUUAAUAUUAGAAAAUCUUCUAAAGAAAUUAAUCAGACUACUAGAGAAAAGAAAAACCCUGUGAUUAUAUCAUUAUAUGUAGAUAAGUUAUUUGAUGGAAUUUAAUACCAUAGAUGAAUUAAAAAUAUUAAAUCAAGAAUAGAAAUUAACUUCUUUACGUUUGCAAGAAGUAUGUUUCAAAAACUGACGUGUCAUACUUAAUGGUACAACAGUAGAGAUAUAUAUGUUUAAAUUGAGAAAACUACAAGAAUGCUCAUUACUUUUAUUGAACAACGUAAUGGCAGUUCUAGCCAGUGUAUGAAAAAAAAUUUUUAAGGAAUUGAGGGUGAGUGCAAAAAAAAAAAAAAUUCCAUUGUAUGGAGAUGUGAUUGUCUAUUUAGGAAAAUCUAAAUAAACUACAGGCAAAUAUUUAGAAUUAUGAAUAGAGUAGGAAGUGUACUAGAUAUAUCCAGUUUUUAACAAUCAGUUGUGUUAUUCUGCUUCUGGUUAAACAAACUGCUGGAUAAGCUACAAAAUCAUAGAAAACAGAAGAUAAACCCAAAUGAACAAAACACUGGAAAGUAAGGAAUACUUUAUAUAUAAGAAAAGAAAGUUGCUGCUCUCGUCCUCGGUGAAACUGCAGACAGAGAAGAGGUCCCACAGAGAGGAAGGGGAACCAAGGUGAGCUAAACAGCAGUUGUCUGUGGAUAGAGCCCCCAGCACAGGAGUUUCCAGCCUGCUCUCCCAUAGGUCAUCAUGGGACCCUUAGAGACAGUAUGACAAGUGUGAUGCUGGCAGAGAAAGCUUAAAAAACAAAGAUCCUGCUGGUUUGUCCAGGUCCUCUCCUAUGUGGGAGGCAGGUACUAUCUGAAGGCAGGAAGGUGGACAGGGCAACAGCUGCGAUUCUGAGGGCGGAAUCGAUCCUGCCCUCAGAAUAUCUGAAGGCAGUUGUAAACUAACUAAACCAAAAGCUGCAACAAAAGGCAGAGCAGCUGGAAUACAGGUCAGAUUGAUUCAGACAGACCCUAUCUCCCAAUCUAACAUCUGAGGUUAGUAAA